AAAAAAAACCAUGUCGCUGGGCAAGAAGCACGUGUUGGGGUUUUCGCCCAAUGGUGGCCAACUAUUUGCCUCGGUGGACGAGCAGGGCAUUCUGCGGAUAUGGGACACGGAGACGAACACGCUGAAGCAGGAGUUUACGCCCAAUCUCCAGGUAUCCGGGCCUUGCACGGCGCUCACGUGGGUCUCGUUGGCCGGCCCGCGGCCGAAGAAGUCGCGGAAGAGCCUCCAGGCCCAGGAUGCAGCCGGUGAGCAGCUACACAUCGCCCUGGGCACGCUGAAGGGAUCAGUAGUCAUAUACUCUCUGGCCGAGGGAAAGAUUGAUCGAACGCUUAGUGGCGAUAGCCAUGAUGGACCAGUAACCGCCAUCGUCUACGACAACGCUGGGCAUCUGUACACCGCUGGUGCGGACUGCAGGGUGGUCGUCUGGUCCCUGACGGAGGAGCGUUCCAUCGCCGAAUGGCAGGUGGGACCGGAGAAGCCGCAGAACAUAGCCUAUCUGCAAAAGAGUCGCGCCCUGGCCGUCGGCUCUCGCCAGCUGAAGGUGUACGAUGUGAAGACGAAGGAGCUGGUGGAGACCUUCACCGGCCACUCGGGCGAGAUCAACGCCAUUAGCGGCAUAGCCUGCACCGAUGGCACUGAGUUCGUGCUGACCACCGCCAAGAUGGAGCGCGUUAUCUGCUUCUGGAAGAUCGACAGGAAGGGCAAGAACAAGCCCUCUGCCUGCACGCUACUCAUGGAGGAUUUGGCCUACUGCCUGGCCAGCGAGGUGCGCGACGACGGCCAGCUGCGCGUGGCCAGCGUAACGCGCAAUGGCAAUAUACACAUCUACCUGCUGAACGUUAAUAGUUUAUCCGCCGAGAAGUUCGUUAAGCCCAAGGUGUCGCUGCAAAUCGUGUCCGAUGGCGCCGAUACCGUGGAACCCAUUCUUGCAGUGGCCGCACAUUUUGUGACCGAUUCAACGCGCUCUCAUGAAAUCCUCUUCGGCUACGGAAGUCGCCAGCAGCUGCAGUUCGAACGCUUUACACCCAACUAUGGGGAGAAACUGAAUGUUAUUGUACGCGCUGAUCCCAAAAAACUAUAUGCGAAAAAAAGGGAAAGCAGCAGCAAGGGCUUUCAGGCAGCCACCAAGGUCCUGAAGCCCGUGGUGAGCCAAAAGAACGUGGAGUACAACAGCUCACUGCCCAUCUCGCAGAAGAAGGUGCAGAACGAAGUGCCCAUGGAGGCGCGCCUGCAGCACCUGAAGAUCCAGGGAACCAAAUUGAGCGGCGGCAAGCUGCAGACACAGAGCAAAACGCAACUGCUGAUGCAGGCAUUACACAGCAAAGAUCAAACGAUGAUACAAGCCGUUCUGAGUACGCAGGAUACAGAGACGAUACAGCUGACAUUGGAUCGGCUGCCGCUCGAGUAUGUGAGUUCCCUGGUGAACGAGCUAUCCAUCCUGCUGCAAGGAAAGCACGCCAAUGUCAGCUCCGCCCUUCGCUGGCUGCACGUACUGGCCUCCACCCACACGAGUGUCCUGAUGUCAGAGGACAAGGAGGCGUUGCGCGAGAAGCUGGCCGUUUGCCUCGGCGUGGCGGAGCAGCGCAUGCAUUGCCUGUCGGAAGCACUACAAAUUACGGGGCGAGUUAACCUGAUAAUCAGCCAGAUGAAGCGCAAUGCAGACAACCACCUGAACGAUAGCAACGCCUUAAUUCUGGACGAGGACCCAGGUGAGUUAUUAAGAGAUUGUUCUGCCAGAUUCGAAGAAUCAAACCAAUUGCUUGCAGAGGAUCCAACCGAGGCUGUCGAAGAUGCGCUGGUGACUGAGAACAACUGGAGCGACCUGGAGGAUCAGGACGACAGCUCGAAGAUGGUUUCGGACGAUGAGUUGGCGGCAGACGACGAUCUGGCGACCGACGAUGUGAACGCGGACACAGACUCCGAUGAAUCCAUGGACUAACUAGCCUGCCGCUCCCCCUACAUUAAGUUUAAAUGCAAUUCCUUGGUUUGCCGUACCGCAAGAAAUUAAACUACAAUUGUUUUCCAAACACACAGUUUUCUACACCGAA